GGCGUUGUUAUUGACGCCAUAUUGCCGCUGUGGAAGAGUCAUAGAGGGGUGCACGGAGACGGACGCCGCGGCCAUCCCUCUUCAUCGGCGGCGCCAGGCCUGGUAGCCUCCCGUCCAGCCGCCCGCACCGGCCUAGAGACCCUCCCGGAUACGACCCGGGGAGGAUUUGCCGCGGGAGGAGCCGCGCCACUCCGGGAAGAGCCGGGUUAAGAGCGCCGGGCCGCGGAGAGAAAGAAAGCUGAGGCGGCGGCUGCGAACUUCAGGGCCUCAAACCUUCCUGUUCCGCGCGAGCCUCCCCGGCCGCCGUAGGUGUUUUCUUUCCCCCUGUCCCCUGCCGCCAUGGCCUGCGGAGCCACCCUCAAACGGACUCUGGAUUUCGACCCGCUCCUGAGCCCGGCCUCGCCGAAGCGGCGGCGUUGCGCCCCAUUGUCCGCCUCAGCCGCCGCCUCUGCCUCUGCCUCCGCGGCCUCCUUUUCCUCCUCGUCGUCGCCGCAGAAAUACCUCCGCAUGGAGCCCUCGCCUUUCGGGGAAGUGUCCACCCGCCUUACCACAGAGCAAAUCCUGUACAAUAUAAAACAGGAGUACAAACGUAUGCAGAAGAGAAGACACUUAGAAAAUUUCCAGCAAACAGAUCCUUGUUGUUCUACUGAUGCACAGUCGCAAGCAUUUCUUCUUUCUGGACCAGCUUUGCCAGGUACUUCAUCUGCGGCAUCAUCACCACUGAAAAAAGAACAGCCCCUAUUUACUCUUAGACAAGUUGGAAUGAUCUGUGAACGCUUGCUUAAAGAACGUGAAGAGAAGAUCCGUGAAGAGUAUGAAGAAAUCUUGACCACAAAACUUGCAGAACAGUAUGACGCUUUUGUGAAGUUCACGCAUGAUCAGAUCAUGCGACGAUAUGGAGAACAGCCUGCAAGUUAUGUUUCAUGAAUCAUGUUUUUUCUGCAUAUGUGGGCAGCCCUGAAAUCCUGUUCUAUUGUUGCAAGCUGUCCUUUAAAGACUUGCAGCAAUGCCAUAUUUCCCCUCCUCCCCUCCUGUAUACACUGGUUAUUUCAAGCUUUUGUCAGUGGCAACCACUCUUAUGCAGCAACUGGUUUUGGAGUGCUCCCUGAUGUCAGUACCACCUGGAUGUGGACCUUUGCUACCUGUUAAUACCAGUGGUCUCAUUUGCUGUAUCAUUACAAUUUGGCUUAUGUUAAUAAGUUUGAAAAGUAAAAGGAUUAAAGCUGGUGUACUAGAACUCUGCCCUUCAAUGGUCAUGUAAAUAAAAGUGUAGAAUGACACUUUGAUGGAAGUUAGUGUGGUUUUCAUAACUGUGCACUGCAAAGCUGUAUUCACAGUUAAAUUAGAAUGUAAUUCCUGGACAACUUUAAGCAAAUAGCCCACAGUACUGCCUGUGAAAUAGUGAAGGAGGGCAUUUCUGUAUUCCAUGACUUUUGGGGGGGGGGGGUUAAGAAUGGGUUUAUAUAAUUUCUCAUUUUUUGUAGGUUUUAUUUAUUCUAUCAGUCUUUAACAAAUGUUUAUUGCUGCAAUUUUUCAGUGUAUCAUUGUUUUACUGCCCUUGUAGUACUGGAAUUUAGUUGAAUAAAACAUUUACUUCUA